ACAGUCACAACGAACUCACUAUCCUGAAAGGAUCUACAUUUCUUGUUUGAGAAACAUUACUGAGAAAUAUUAAAAGAUGAAGUCCCUGCUCGUCGUAGUACUGUUGGCAGCGGCAGCCUCAGCCGCCAUCGUCAGCCAGGACAUAGCUGAAGCACCUGAGGCAGUCGUCACAUAUGAGAGCGUUAUGUAUAGCGAUGAUGCUGAAGUGGCUGAAGUAGAGGCUGGUAGCAAAAGCGUAGACAUCGAGACUCGUCGCAACCUCAGCGUGGGAACCAUCGGCAACAGCAGGCUGCUCGCAAAUACUCAACACAUCAGAGGCGCUAUCGCGAACACAAUUCUCGUCCACAACGCUACUUUCAAUUUCGCCUCUAGUAUCAGAAUAGCCGCGAUCCGAGUGACGCGAGUGGGAGCCUCACAGAACGCGACCCCGUCCAUUGUGUCUGGAGGUCUGAACCGUAACUUUGUGACAAUCAGAAUUACGUCCGCUAGAGGCCGCGGCUUCAACUACAGAAUCCAGAUCUACGGACGUUAAACUGCUGCAAGUGACGCGCUCCUAGAAGUGGGAGAAAAUACUGAUUAGUUUUAAGAUUGAUUUGUGAUUUUUAAUGUGUACAAUAAAUGUUUAUUAUUUCACAAAGUU